GAAAAAGCUUGUGUUUCCUGACGGCUUCAGUCAUUUAGAGAUUGAUAAAGAAGUUUAGUUCUUGUGCAGAUAAUCAACAGGACUGAAGGUUCAGCUUUCUGUCUGUCAGUCUGAGACAGAAACUGGACCAACAGCUCUGACAAACAUGAGGAAGCUGAAGCUCCUCCUCUUUCCUCAGAAGAGAUCUGUGGUGAUCUGGACUCAUUCCAGAGAGCUGCUUUAACAAAGUCUGAACCUGAACUCUGAGCUGACAAACUCACAGUUUCACUUCACAACAGCUGAUCACAAUCACUUCAUCCACUCUGAGGAUUAAAGUGAAAAACCAUCAUCAGUGGACGGAGAGACAGAGUCUGGCCCAGCUGCCUUCUGUCUCCUGAACAGUCUGUGAACGUCCCCCUCCAGGAUGGACAGAGGUGUCCAGGUGGUGGGUGAGGAGGAGGGGCCUAACAGCAGCAUGCUAGCUGCUAGCAGAGUCAGCAGAUUAUCAGGAGGAGGAAAGGGACAGCUGGCUGUGAACUGAUGUCCUCACUGUGUUUCUGAAGACUUCCUUUAGUGAGAAGCAGAUUAACUUUGUGCUUGUUGGAGUUUCUACAGGAAGAUGAAGAUGUUUGUGGUGUUUGUGAUCCUCGUGCACGUUUCCCAGCAUGCCUCAGCUGUGGAGCUGUAUGAGGGGGAGGAGUUUGUCCUGCUGCCCUGUGAGUUGAACACUUUUGACCUGGACGACCCCACAGUGGUGUGGAGCCGCUGCGAUAUCAAUCCUCCAACCGUCCACCAGCGUCAGCAGGAAGGUGAUGAACUUAAAGACCAAAACCAGCUUUACAGCGGCCGAACAUCCAUGAUGACUGACGCUCUUGAAACUGGAGACCUCAGCCUCACUCUGACAAAACUCCAGCUCUCUGACAGCGGCAGCUACACCUGCACCGUCAGAGACUCUAGGGGAGAACAGAGAGUGACAGAGAUACAGCUGCAGGUCAAAGAACGAUUUCCAUCCUGGGCCAAAGUUCUCCUGGUUCUCCUGGUUCUCCUGGUUGCUGGUCUUGUUGCUGCUGGGGGUCUUCUGGUACAUUUCCAGCAGUAUUUCAUGUCAGUCUACCAGGUGGAGGUGGAUUCAGGGGUGGAGUCUGUCCAGCUGCCCUGCAAAACCACAGUUCACCUGCCUAAAGAUGUCACAGUGGAGUGGACGGACAGUUACAACAAGGUCCACGUGUAUCAGAACAGCUCUGACCAGCCUGAAGAACAGGACAGUUUUUACAGGGACCGAACAGAGAUGAAGAGAAACUGGCUGAGAACUGGAGACCUCAGUCUGACCCUGAAAUACCCCACAGACAGAGACAGUAACACCUACAUCUGCACCAUCUACAGCAGGAGGGGAGACGUCCUGAUGAAGAAACAAGUGGUUCUCUGGGUCAAAGACUGUCAGGUGGAGGUGGAGGAGGGGGCGGAGUCUGUCCUGCUGCCCUGCAAGACCACAGACAACCUGCCUGAGGACGCUACAGUGGAGUGGAGACGCCAUGAACCCAAACCCAUACAGACAGUCCACGUGUAUCAGAACGGCUCUGACCAGCCUGACCAACAGGACCAGGUUUACAGAGACCGAACAGAGAUGAAGGAAGACCUGCUGAGAACUGGAGACCUCAGUCUGACCCUGAAAUCCCCCACAGUCAGAGACGGAGGACGAUACAGGUGUAAAGUCUACAACAAGGAGGGAAACAUCCUGAGAUGGAAAACAGUUGAUCUCAGGGUCAAAGAGAGAAGCAGGAACAGAAGCAGCUCCACUGAUCCAACUCCUCUGAUGGCCGAUCAAUCUGUUUGAUCUUUGAUCAUUGAUCCGAUCUGACUCUGGAUCAGAGAGAAAAUGGAGGUGAAGCAGCUGAUGGAGGACGGAUGAAGACAGGAGGACGCUUUGUCAGCUUCUUCUUCACUCUGACUCCUCCUACUGACUCUCACACACAGUCUACACACUCACUAUUGAUUCCUGCUGAUCAGUGAUGUCAGAGUGAGGUCAGCGUGAUGUCACAUGUUGAUCCACUCUGGGAUCUGGACUAAGCUGGUAAACUAUGAACAGAGACAAAUGGCUGCUGGUAUUAAAACAUUUGCCGCUUAGAAAGUGAGUCACCAAAUCCAUCAUGUUUGUCUGCACGCCAUAAAAGGAUUGCUGAUCCAACAUGAAAUUAUAACUGAGUUUAAGAAAGGUCAGAAAGGAGAUGGUUUCUAAUGAACAGGAGGUGCACAGAGUCUGCUUUGCAAGCAGGUAGACGCCGUUUACCCACUAGGAAAGGUCCAGGAUUUCAGCUCAUCCACUUAAAACUGUGAGAGGAUAUGUAACAACAUUGUUUUGUGUCACUUUCAAUUGUUUGCACUUUCUAAAACUAAUCGUCUUAAUAAAAUUCCAGGAUCCUCUUCAAGGACCAGUGAAACCCCAUGAAGAGCCAUUUAAUGACUUCUGGCAUCUUUUCAAGGACCCCUGAUGUCCCUUAAGGUAUCCUGGAACCGUAGGAGUUGGGAGAGUGUGUGUCGCUGUCGGAGGGGCGGGCAGGAAUGUUGUCUGCGUCACACACACACACACACAAACACAAAAACCAGUGAUUUUGUGAUCAGCGACCUCUUUCUCUCUAAUAAGGUGAUUGAUGAGCUAUUCUUACUGAGUCUGUGUGUGUGUGUGUGUGUGUGUGUUUCAUGUGCGUGGUCGAUGACGUCAGAGGCUGAAUGGGGGGCGGGGAUUUGUCUGACUGGGACAAAGACAGCAGGGGGUCAUUAAACACACACACACACACACACACACCUUUGGACGAUGUGAACCUCUGUAGCCCCGCCCCCUUCCACAGGAAAUAGUUGCAAACAACGACCCAGUAGCCACGGUGACGGUUUACGAGGAGGCGGGAUGACCGAGGUCAGGGGUCGUGAGGAAGAGCGAGGGAGACAGAGAGAGAGUGAGAAUCAUCUGUUUGAUUACAGAGAGAAUACUGGAGUCUGAUUCUCUCGAAGGUGAUGAUGAUGAUGAUGAUGAUGAGGUCAAAGGCAUACCUGCCGAGCGUCCUGUUUUUCCCAUGAUUUUCCUAUUGUUUUACCGUUCUAUCCUGGUAUCCUCCCGUUAAAAUACUUUCCAGUUAAUGUACCGUACUUUCAACCUUCCUACAAAUGUAAAAACCCCACUGUGCGUAUUUUAAGUGUUUGCCACGCUCUCCUCCAUAAAGCCGUCACUGUUUGGGCUGUUUGGUCUGUGUUUUUGUGUUUUAGAUCUGUGUCUGUUUGCUUCCUGGUUUGUUUUGAAAUUAUCAGUUUCUGGUGUUCUGUGACGAUUUCACAGCUUGUAGGACCCAAAUGUCAGACGCCAGUACUGGCAGGACGAGUUCGAUAAUUUAUUUACCAAGAAGUGCACAAGUCACUGCUGAAGUCUAGAAACGUCAGAACAGUAUUCAGGAGGUGAUGAAAAAUAAGUCCACACACGACAAGACAAUGCAGACAGAACAGACCAGCAGGUAAUGUAUACAGGGCCAACGAGCCGUGAGGAAAUAAACAGGUGAGACACAUCAGGUGAUCAGACAGGGAAGACACAGACCACUUCAAACUAAAACAGGAAACAAACACCAGACACUGAUCAGCUCUGAAUGAACAAACAGACACAGAUAUAAAACACAGACCAAACAAUCCAAAGCGUGACAAAAGCAGGUGGCAGUAAGUGGAACAUCAGCUGUAACAGUGAGGAGAGAUCACCCACCACACACAGAGUAAUUCACUCGCAUAUUGCCCUAAAAAUAGAUACGUGCAAACUGCAACAAUCAUGGACAAUGUGCGAGAAAAUACUGCAACCUUCAGCAAUUCUUCUGCAUCAAUUUAAAGGAGCAAUUCCCAAAGUGCGGUGCGUCAGCUGCCUAUAGGGGGUGCGUGACAGGAAAAAUAUGAUGUUGAUGUAGUAGUAUAAUAACUAAUAAAUAAUUUUUUGGUGGAUUUUUCAUUAAAUAAAAACCUGAAUUGAAAACUUUCCUUUGUAAAUUUAAUUUAAAAAUUAAAAACGUUAUUAAUAGUUAGUUCACAGGAAAUGGCUACUCAGACACCUCCUUUCCUCUCACUCUCUCUCAGGCUGAGCCACCCACACUGUACUUACAAAUCCUCAUGCGGAUCCUCUUAUAGUCCAUGUUAUCUGUUUAUGAGGCUAUAACAGGAUACAAUUGUGAGAAAACAGAGGAGGGACAUUUUGAAACGUUUUUUUUGUCAUGAAAAUACACCCCACCUCCCUCCACAUGGUUCGGCACGCAGCUGAACUGUGAAUUGAUUGCAAAGUUACCAUCACAGUCUGAUAAAAAGUUUUACUGCCACUGUUACUUGUUAAAGUAAUAAAUAUAUAACGUUAUAUCGGCUGCCUUCUCUUCAACACACUGCUCCUCUGCUCACUAGAGCAGAGUGUUAAUAGGCUAUUAUUCACACGGUGUAACCAAUCAGAUUGCUGUGGGUGGGACAUUGAGCAAAUAAAUAAGUAAAUAACUAAAUAAGUAAAUAAUAUAUACAAAUAACCAAACCUAGAGAGAUGGGUGGUUUGGGGUGCAGCAACCCGGUCAAGAUGUAGAAGGGGGUGCGUUGCCUAAAAAGUUUGGGAACCGCUGACUUAAUGGAUCAAAACAACCCAUAGAAAUGGAACAGCUGUAAGUGGAAUUAAUAUAGAGGCCUGGUGUUAAACUACAUACAAAACUGUAAUGAGUGUAGUAACUAUAAGUAAUAUAUAACUAUAUAUUAACACUAUAAUCUAUAGUUUAUACCAUGAAAAUAACAUAGUACUUGGAAUAUUAUAUAGAAUAUAUAAGAACAUUUUUCAGAGUGCUGGCAGUGUUUGCAGGGUCAAAGAUGAAGAAGAAGAGGAGGAUGAUGAUUAGAGCUCCAGGUGUUUUAACUUACAGGUAAACAGGACUAGAUUAGCAGCUUACACACUCAGCGACACCUGGAACCUCUCUAGACACCUUGGAACCCCCUUGAGUGCUCCAGGACCUACUUGUCAGUGCUAUCUGUUGCUUCUCAGUGUAAAGGAGUCUUUGAGUGGUUCCAGGGUCCUUCCUGGAGUCCCCCUCAAAGCAUCCUGCUGCCACUGCAGGAAACCUACAGUAUAAGCUUCCUUAUCGCUCCCUGGUACCAUCUCAGGUCCUUAUAACCCCUCAAGGAAUUCCAGGCACCAACUCAGCACUCACUUUUUCAAUGACGGCAUGAUCCUAUUCAAGGACACCUGGAACCCCUUCAGUGACUCCAGACACAAAUUCAAUGACCUCUGACAUGCCUUUAGGACCUUGAAACCCUUCAAGGACUCCAGGAUAAUUUUCAACCAAACUUGUAACCUCCUCAUGAAACCCCUCAAGGGAUCAUGGGAUCCAUUCAAAGACUCCUCACAGACCUCUGAAAUCUUUUCAGGGACGCUGGAAACCCUCGAGGAACCUAUCCAACCAUUCCUGGAACCUCCUCAAGGACCCUUUUGGCCUCCUCAUUCUCUUUAACUCCCUCACAUGCUGCAGGAAACUCGGGGCCUGAGAGCUCGAAACACGGCAGCUUAACAAAACAUCUUGUCAAUAUGUCUAUAUUGUUUUGUUCAUAGUGUGUAUAUUAGUUUUGUCUACUCUGUAGUUUGUGUCUGAUUUUAUUUUAUUAUUAUUAUUAUUAUUUUAUUAU